GCGCAAACUCGCUCGCUUCACAAUGGCGCGACCCGAGGGUGCCGACGCCGUGGGGUGGCGUGUCCAAGUGCUUUGGGAAGACGAGGGUGCUUGGUUUGAGGGUGUCGUCACCGAAUAUGAAGACCAAAGAGGUUAUUACGUGUGCUACGACGAUGGCGACGAGAAGUGGCAGCCCACAUCGGAUGCUGGGUCGGUGAAAUUCAUGUCCAACACUAUUGGGCAAAGUGUCGAAGCGAGGGUGUCUAGCAUUGUGACUCCGCCGGCCACGUCUCGCCAAGACAGUCAGCGGCAUGGGAUCGACGCCGUGGGGUGGCGUGUACAAGUGUUUUGGGCCGACGAAGGCGCCUGGUUUGAUGGGGCCGUCACCGACUUCAACGAAUCUAUGGGGUAUUUUGUCUGCUACGACGACGGUGAAACGAAGUGGCAGGUAUCGAACGACAGUUCGUCGAUGGUGUUCGUGUCGUCAUGCGGUACUAUCCCAGAGAAACCCGUCGAGACGGCUGUAAUUAGUCCUUGCGUCAAAGAGCCUUCCAGUCCAACCAAAACUGAAUAUGGCGACGACGACUUUGAACAUCAAGAUGACACUGGUGAUUCGAGCGUUCAACCAGUGCAGGUGGAAAAGGAAGCCAAAAUCAACUCGCCAAGGCCCAUCGAGCCAACACAAUCUACGAAUGAGGAACACCCGUUCCCAACACUAGUAGAUGUCCACGACAGGCUACCCAGUGCAGACCGUACGAACGAGGCUGCCUUCCACGACAAGCUACAGCCUACCAUGGCUUCAAGUACACGAGAUGACGACCACGACACGACGACGACAUCAACGCCUACGCUCGAACCAUAUCAAGUCAAAUCAUCGACAACAGUGAAACCUGCCAAGCCGCGACGAAACAACCCCGGCGUGUUUUUUCACGACAAAGAAACGCUCUUGGAAAUGAAAACCAAGUUGACAGCCAAGAAGAAGGCGCUGGAUGACCACCUGCGCCAUCUCCAGCUCAAAGUGACUACCGCUGAAAUCGCCGAAGCAGCGCAGAAACAAGAGGUCGCCGACUUGACGGCCAAGUUGACCGUCGAGCAACUGACGACGACGCGUCGAGUGGCGCCGCCAAAGCAAGUGUCCAAUGAAGAGCGCGUGUUGGAUUUGACUGUGAAGACCCGGCAAAUGAAGAAGGACAAUCAAAAGCUUCGGGCGAGUGUGGGCGAAGCGACGACGCGGGUGGGGGUGCUCAAGGAGAAGCUAGACGCGGCCCGAGCUGAAUGGCAUGCGCUACCAGCACAAUGCAGGACCUCCGUGGGGGAAAUAGAAACCCAAAUUGCGUUGCUGCAAGCCCAAAAGGAGGCGCUGAUAGCAAACCAACGCCACGACACGGUUGCGAGUAUUUCCGACCAAUUGUCAGACAGUGCGCUGGCGCUAAAACAACAGCUGGCGGACUCGGACUCGAAAGUGUGGAAGCUCAAGGCCGAGCUGCACCACUGGAAAGGGUUGGUGGAGCAGGAGCGAGCAAAAGUCGAUGCGAUGCAGGCUCAUCUAACAUCCCUCCAAUCCGACAUGCGUCCAUUUCGAUCAUCCAAACUCUUGUUACGCAGCGCGUUUGAUCGGUGCGACAAGGACAAGAGUGGGGACUUGACAGUAAACGAGACGAUUCAAAUGCUCCUACUGCUCGCGUCGCCCGACGACGGCGUGUCGGAGCAAGACAUGCGGUCGCACUUUGCCCAAACGGAUGCCAACCACGACCAUCGCAUCGACUUUGACGAGUUUUGUGCGGCCGUCGAUCGAUUGUUUGGCAACUCGGGCGCAACUUAACUCGGCUAACAUUCGAUGUAUGUCAAUCAUACUGGGAUAUUAGUCCAGGUUCGUCAUAACAAGAUACAACAUAGAGCUACAGCAAUCUUGCGUCUUCAACGGUCGGGACUACACUACUGCCACCAUGCGUGAAUCCGUG